GCAAACCCAAGUAUAAAAUUAUAUUGGAGAAGGUGGGAUCGUCCAUGGCUACUACUGUUGUUCAUCUCAGCUCAUCCUCUCUCUUCAUCCAAUCCAGAGGACGAAGAUACAACUCCAUACCCUCAUUCAACAAUAUCCAAAAACGUACUGUUUUGUCUCUCUCUUGUGCUAUCAACUCACAAGGCGGAGACAUGGUUCCACUGGAAGGAAAAAGCAAUGAUCGCAACUCUGCCUUUGACUUCAAGUCAUAUAUGAUCCGUAAAGCCGAAUCGGUGAGUACGGCACUCAACGUUUCAGUACCUCUUCAAGAACCCCUCACGAUCCAGGAGGCUGUGCGGUACUCAUUGCUAGCGGGCGGAAAACGUGUGAGACCCUUGCUCUGUAUUGCCGCGUGCGAGCUCGUGGGAGGUGACGAGGCUACUGCCAUGUCAGCCGCUUGCGCGGUCGAGAUGAUCCACACGAGCUCUCUUAUUCAUGACGACCUUCCGUGCAUGGACAAUGCCGACCUCCGCAGAGGCAAGCCCACCAGCCACAAGGUAUUUGGAGAAGACAUGGCGGUUUUGGCAGGUGAUGCACUCCUUGCUUUGGCGUUUGAGCACAUGACGGUUGUGUCGAGUGAGCUGGUCGCUCCUGAGAGGAUGAUCCGUGCAGUGAUUGAGCUGGCAAAAUCCAUAGGUACAACAGGGCUAGUUGCUGGACAAGUGAUAGACCUAAGCAGAGAAAGAUUGAACCCAGACAACGUGGAUUUGGAGCGUCUAGAGUUCAUCCAUCUCCACAAAACAUCAGCGUUGUUGGAGGCAGCAGCGGUUUUAGGGGUUAUAAUGGGAGGUGGAACAGAGGAAGAGAUCGAGAAACUUAGAAAGUACGCGAGAUGUAUUGGACUAUUGUUUCAGGUUGUUGAUGAUAUUCUUGACGUAACAAAAUCUACGGAUGAAUUGGGUAAGACUGCCGGAAAAGACGUAAUGGCUGGAAAGCUGACGUAUCCAAGGCUGAUAGGUUUGGAGAAAUCGAGGGAGGUUGCGGAGAAACUGAGAAGAGAAGCAGAGGAACAGCUUCUAGGGUUUGAUUCCAAUAAGGCAGCGCCUCUGGUUGCUCUUGCUAGCUACAUUGCCUUCAGAAACAACUGAAUAUUUUGCAUUAACUGAUCAUGUCUUCAGUGCAAUCUCCUAAUAUGUCCAUUUAGUUCGAUCUCUGGUCUUUUUUCCUUGUGAGUUGUGAAUCAUAUUAUGUUGCCUUCAUCUCUCUGUAUUUUCAAGUUGUAUUUUAGUAUUAUG